GGACACAAAACCGGUGUUUUGGGUUGAAGACUUGAAGUACCUAUGCUGAGAGCGACAAUGGCUAGCGGCGGUAGCAGCAACGGGGACAUCCUCAUGCUUGAGGCGGCACCGGAGGCCGCUCGGCCAUGGGCGAGCACAUCGAAUGCUGAGAUAGUGGACGCAUUACCCUACAUUGAUGACGAUUAUGGGAAUCCAAAGGUAAAGGAGGAGGUCGAUCGAUUGAUCGAGGAAGAGAUGCGCAGGAGUACCAAGAAGCCUGCCGACUUUCUCAAAGAUUUGCCUCCCUUACCCAAGUUCAAUUUCGAGAAUCACCCCAUGAUCGCCAAAGAGUAUGAGCGUGUGAGAGCUGGAAGGCCUCCUGUGACACUUGAUUUUUCCUCACGAUAUCAAAUAGAACCGCCGCCAAUGAGUAAGAGAAAUGAUGAAAGUGGUUGGAAACAGUCACUUCAGAGAGCUCAACGCUCAUUACAACAUCAAGUCACUAGGCUGGAGAAUCUGGACCUUAUGUUGAAAUAUGGCCCAGAUGUCUGGAGACAGAACAACCAACGAUUGGAAGCACUCUUAUCCAGAAUGCAAAAAUUAGCUCAGGAACAGAAUGAAAAAAUUGAAACUGUAAACCGUGAAAGAAAAUUUCAUCAGCAAAAUACUGCAUACGAGCUAAAUACUCUGUCCACACAAUGGAAGGAGCUUUGCCCGAAAAACAUAGAAAUUCAAGCUGCAUGUGCUCAAAUUGAAGGCCAUUUAGAGGAGCUGAAGAGGGAAGCUUCUGAAAGAGGCUGGAAUCUGGAAGCUGAAUUAGGGAAUGGUGCUUUAUUGCAUUCAGGAUAGCAAGGCUCUUUCUAGAAGAAACAAUUGAGUUGAAGUGCAUAUAGGAAGCCAAUAGAUCAUUGGCACGGAACCUUUUUGUUUGAUUACAGACUAACUCAUCUGCUGCUGCCCCUUCGAUGGAUAAUCAAGUGAUUUUCUAGCAGCAUCUGCUUGUUCAUUGUACACUCCCAAAGUGAUGUUUACUGCAUGCUCUUGUAUUACUGAGAAAUGUAUCAGGCUGAUUGUUGCAUCUUCCAACCUAUUUUUCCUUUUGGUAUAAUGGUAUCGAGAAAAGAAAAAAAUUAAAACAUUUUAGUAUUUAAAAUAUCAAAAUUACUUGUGAAAUUGUUUAAAUGUGCUAAAACGAUAUUUUUGCAUAUUGAUUUAUUAAGGGUAUUAAAAAAUUUUUAUUACU